GCGCACCCUCCUCCCUGCUCCUCUGCCUGAGACUGCGGGGCGCGCCCGCGCGCGCACUCUUUGCUCCAAGGCGCUCGGGAGGACGCGGGGCCUCCCCUGCAGCGGCGCCCACGCCGCCCCAUCGGGAGCCCGGAGACCCCGCCAGAGCCCCGGCUGCUCCCCGGGACGCUACCUGUUGUUGGGCCCGGAGCUCUCGGAGCCGGGACGUCACCCGGGUGGAGUGAGGGGGGGCAGCCGGGAGCGGGAGGGUCGCGACCGAAACGCCGAUUUGCCCCUCCUCCUGCUCCAAAGGUGGCACAUCUGGCUGCCACGUGACCCCCCCCCGGGUCCCUUAAGGGAGUAGUCUGAGGAGGCAGCUGUCACCAUAACAACCUGCGCCGAAAACGAGGAGACCCCCACCCGAGAGGGAAGAAACGGCGGAGGUGGGCUGGGUCCUCAGGGGCGGCCUCGGCGGCGGCGGUUUUCUCCGAGGCUCCGGAGGGACCAUGUUGCAGCCGCUGUGGGGAGAGGGAAGGCGGGGGCCAGAGUCGGCGCCGCAUCCCGGGGAGCUCCAUCCUCUGGGCGAGGUGAAGUCUCGGAGGUGAGCCAGGCAGGAGGAGCAGGCGAGGAGGGCGAGGAAGGACGGGAGACAAAGAGCCGAGGCGGAAUCCCGAAGAGGAAGGUGGGCAGGGAACGGAUUUGCCCCAGGGAUUUUUCUCCCUGAACUCCCGCAGGGAGAAAAGCAAGACUUCCCCGCGCUCCGUCCGCGCAGCAGCUGCUCCCGGUCCCUCGCGCAGCCCCAGCAGGGCGAUGUGGAGCAAGCCCGCCAAGGACAGGCACCAUCUCUGAGGACGAGGAGACAAAGGGGAAGGCUGGCACCCCGGUGAGAGCCAGAGGGAAGAGGAGGAAGGUCCAGGCGAGGGAAGGGAGGACCCAACCUACUCACCACCCACCCCCGUCGUGCUUCCCUCCCUUCCCUUCCCCUUCCCUUCCUUUCCCUUCCCCACCCCGCCUUGGCCGGCGGCACCAAGCCAGAGAGCCCUCCAGCUGUUACCACUCCUGCCCAUCGAGCGGUCGGCUGCCUUUGGAUGCCAUGGGGAACAGCUUCUCCAGCAUCCCGGCGCUGCCCAGAGGCAACGCGAGCCGGUUCCACAGGGCCCAUCAUCAGCAUCUCAAAGACUCUAUAGGUGGGCCUUUUCCUGCUUCCUCUCACCGAUGCCACCACAAACAAAAACACUGUCUGCCCAUCCCGCAGUGUGGAACCCUCUCUAUCAGCCCAUUGCUUUUCCACCCCCACACGAAGGGGUCACAGAUUAUCAUGGACACCACACAGAAGGCAGUCAAACGGCAGGCCAGCUUCUGCAAUGCAAUCACCUUCAGCAACAGACCAAUUGUUAUCUAUGAGCAAGUCAGGCUCAAGAUCACCAAGAAGCAAUGUUGUUGGAGUGGGGCUCUUCGACUUGGAUUUACCUCCAAGGAUCCCUCUAGGAUUAACCCAGAAACCCUUCCUAAGUAUGCAUGUCCAGACCUGGUUUCUCAGAGUGGAUUUUGGGCCAAGGCUCUUCCAGAAGAAUUUGCAAAUGAAGGAAACAUCAUAGCAUUCUGGGUGGACAAAAAGGGACGUGUAUUUUAUCGGGUUAAUGACUCUGCUGCCAUGUUGUUCUUCAGUGGGGUAAGGACCACCGAACCACUGUGGGCUUUGAUUGACGUGUAUGGACUCACACGUGGUGUGCAGCUACUAGAUAGCGAAAUUAUUCCUCCUGAUUGCCUCCGUCCAAGAUCAUUUACAGCAAUCCGCCGGCCCUCCUUGCGCAGGGAGACAGAGGACACCCGGCUGUCUGUGAGCCUUUGUGACCUCAACCUCCAGGAAGAGAACUUCCAUGUCAUGGCUGCCAUGUGUCCUAUCCCACAGAACUCCCUCAACUCUCAACAUUCCCACCUUCUCCCAUCCCAGCUUGAAAGUGACCUCCGCUUCCAUCAACUCAGGGGAGCUCAUAUUAAAAUUCUGGAUGACCAGACUGUUGCCCGUCUGGAGCAUGCUCGGGAAGAGAGAACUUUGGUCUUCACCAGCAGGCCUCUUAGAAUCAAUGAGACAAUAUUUGUCAAAAUCAAUAAAUCUAACACCUCACGCACUGGGACACUUUCUUAUGGAGUGACGACUUGUGAUCCUAGUACAUUGCGGCCCAGCGACCUUCCCUAUAAUCCUGAGUCUUUAGUUGAUCGAAAAGAGUUCUGGGCAGUCUGUAGAGUGCUUGUGCCACUCCAGAGCGGAGACAUUUUGGGAUUCAUGGUGAAUUCAGAAGGAGAACUGCAUUUGAGCCACAAUGGAGCAAGCGCCGGCAUGCAGGUGUGCGUGGAUUGUUCCCAGCCACUGUGGAUGUUCUUUGGUUUACAUGGAGCAGUGAUGCAAAUCCGUGUCCUCGGUUCUACUCUCAUGACGGAGCGGUUGGGCCCAUCGGCACCAAGCUCACCAACUUCAUCUCCAAACUCACCCUCUGUCCUCUGCAAUGGUGUGUCUGAUCCCAUUCUGAGUAACAGCGGUUCUGGUCUGCUUGGCAGCUCUCUCAGUGGCACGGCUCCAAACUCUCCAGUCAGCAUGCCAGAAUCCCCCCUUUCCCCCUCCAUCUCAGGAUCCUGGAAUGAUGAGUGUACCAUCUGCUAUGAGAACAUGGUGGACACCGUGAUUUACUCCUGUGGACAUAUGUGUCUGUGCUACACAUGUGGGCUCAAACUCAAGAAGAUGGCCAAUGCCUGUUGUCCCAUCUGCAGACGUGCCAUUAAGGACAUCAUCAAGACCUAUCGCAGCACUUAGAGUGGCAUGAAAAAAAAAAGGGUAGGGGUUGGAGAAUAGAUCUUAAGGAGACUGAACCAAGCCAGGGUAAGGUAGAAGAAAGGGUCAUCCUAGUUGUCAGUUUCCCUAUCCUUAAAUGUGUAGCUAAUUCUGAAUGUUGCUGUCUGUGGGCAAACUUCAAUAUUCGAGGGCUAAAGAUUUCUUCCUUCCUUGGCAUCUAGCAAAGAGUUACUGCCAACGCUUGCAGAUACAGCCAACAAGAAAGGUUGGAUGUGACGUCCCAUUUCCCUGGCUCUCCAUCCCAUAAAUUCCCUGCCUUUCUUGCCCCCAUGAGGUUGCAAAUGUCAAAUGAGGAGGAUAUGCCAAAAAAAAGGGGAAAAAAAGGCCAGCUCAUCUUGGGCACACUAAGCAAUUACUUUGCAUGAAUGGAUCCAAAUGAGUUGAGAAGAAACAAGUCAUUUGAGCACGUAAAUCACUUUGCGGGCAAGAAAGCCCUAUAUAGAAAUAUUCUUCCCAGGUUUCUGGUAAGCUAAACUGGAAAGAACUGUCUUGUGAUGGCAGCCACAAAUGCACAUCAGUGGCAGCUGGAUCCAUUCCCGACUCAUAGCUGUGGUAUGUAGUGUUUGCUGCUGCUAAGGAAGGUGAUCUUUGGGUGCUUUUUCCUGUUCUGUGCAUAUACAGGAUGCCCCCUUUUAAAUGACCGCCUUCAAAAUCUACUUUCUGCAAAGACUCCCGUUUUUUUGCUCCAGCCUGUCUACCCCAUCGGUGGAAGCAGCUGUUCCUGUUCCUACAGCAUGAUGCCCCCCUCUUUCAUCAGAAAUUCCUCCUUUGCUUUUUGAAGCCCACCACCAAUUUAAAAACCAUUACUCCUGGAGGCUGCUUUCAGGGGCCAAAGGGGUGCCUUUACAGCUGCUUUCAGAAAAUGAUGGAGCACAUUAUCAAAGCCAUAAGGAAGAAAGUUCUCCAUCCGGUAAUUAGACAUUUAUCUUGGCUUUGAAGGAAAAUAGUAUAAGAAUCCUUGAUCAAACUGAAUGUACAACAUAGAGCUGGAUCUAUUUUGUUAUCAAGAAACAGAGAGGAGGACUAGAAACAUUUUAUCUUACUUUUAUUUGUUUAUUUGGUUUACUGAAGAAUUUUAGAAGCAGUCUUGUUUUCUCAACAUGUGAAGGACAAUGGUUUUGGCUUCUCUGUUCCCACCACUGUGAAUAUGCUUGACACAGCCGAAUUCUUGGCACUUCCUUCAGGGUCUUGCUGCAGCUGAGUAUGCUAUGAUGGACAGCCACAGGCCCUCAUUCAUCAGUGACCCACUGUCUUCUCAGUUUGACAAACUUGAACCAAUCAGCAACUGUGGCCAUAUCAUCACCUCUUCUGAAAUCUCACAGAAUACUAUGAGUCGGGAGAAGACCACAGUCCUGUAAAAAAUCUCAGCUGCUUGCUAUGGAUAUAAUAGUACGUAUUAGGUAGGAAACAGGUGAAUUAAGAGAGAAUUGUGAAAGGAAGGGUGGGCCAUUGAUGGUAAGGCUUUCAUUUUUCUGUCCACUGUAACAGUGGAAUAAUUUUGUCCUCAUCAAAUGGACAUUCUCUAUAUAUAGUAUUGAUGUUUGGAUGCAGUGGUCAACUCAUGUCAGGCUUAGAAAGCCGGUAAAUAUGGCUGCCCACAGAGAGGGAAGGGAAGACUAGAAAAAUUUCUGAGAGAACCAAUUCUCCCUGUCACCCAAUGCCUGCCUUUGAGGAAAAAAUCAAGCCAUCCCCUUUCACAGUACAUCCAGACAAAUAAUAACCUUGUACUGGACUGUCUAUUCUUUUGACUUGAUUCAGUCAUUACUUACCUGGAUCUCAAUAACAUGCUUAGAGAUGAGCCCCCUGCCCUGUUAUUGUCACUUCCCAGACAUAGAGAGUGAUGUUUCUGAAAGAGAGAGGUUCUUGCAGAUCUGUAGGCUCUUCACGUGAGCAAGAACCCUAAUUCUUCUUCAUUCUUGCUUGCACGUAGUGCUUACAUGUGAGGGAAACCCUUCUCCAGAAGUGCUGCUCUCCCAAAAACCAGGUAAGUAAUGACUGAAUAGAACUUUUCUUGCUGUCUAAACUCAUGGACUAUUUCAACUACUGCAGGACCUUUCAAGUACAAGUAUCAGCACAGUCCCCACCAUUGCAUUUCAUAGUUGAUAUCUGCCCCCCCCCCAAAAGACAAGCAAGCAAGAAAAGGGGCAGGGUCGUCCCAGCCUCAUACUGCAAGCUUGGUCCCAGUAUUCAAGAAGUCAGUCCAAUUUGAGUAGACACUUAACAUGUACAAUAGGAGGGAGGUCUGAAUCAGAGCAGCAAGUGACCAGGAGGCUCCAAAUCAAGGUGGUUAGUGCACAUCAUAUGAAGCAGAAAAUACAUCAAGAAUCUCAUUCCACUCCAGCAGCAAAAAAGCAGUAAUAAUAAAUUUAUUAACUAACAAUUGGCAAUCUUUUCAUGACCGACGGUUUAGCUAAAUAAUUUUAGAUGCCAGACUUAAAGGUCUUGGAGACUCCCUACACACACUUUAGAGGGACAUUGCUUUGUUGUGAAGCCCAAAAAGUAACAACGGUAUUUUCUUGCCCACAAUUCCAUGUAUUACAACCACUUCUACAUUCCUUAUACAGCAGAACAAAAACCUUAGACUGAAACUGUUCCCCAGCCCAGAUCCUGAAAUGUCUUCACAUUUCAAGCCCAAUUAAAUACCUUCUAGCAUAACAGGUUUCCUUCUGUUGUCCUGAUGCUAAACAAACUUACUAGGGAUUGUGCCAUUUUGUGAUUUUU